GCAAAGAAUAUCCACAAUUUCUACAACAUAAUCUGAUCUGUUCCAUUUUCUUCUGCAAAGAAUAUCCACAAUUUUCUACAACAUAAUCUGAUCUGUUCCAUUUUCUUGCUUUCUUUUUUAGAUUCUGCACAACACUCUGCUUUUUAUGUUCUAUUCUCUCAUAUUGACCCACUCGAAUCUUGGGUUCUGUUUCCACUAGUUGAAGGAUCAAUACCAUAGUCUUGUCUUCAUCAUUGAUUUUGUCCUCUAGCUUGUGAGUUGAGCUAAGGGUUAUUUCUGCUUAUGGAUAAUUCAUGAACUGUAUUUAACUUUAGUGAAGCAUUCAUAAUUUCGAGCAAGACCUGUUAGAUGAGCUCUUUCUUGUGGUGCUUGGCUCCUAAUAGUUCUUGUUUCAAAUAAAGAAAGAAAAUAUGGAUGAUGGUGAGUUAGAGACUUUAGACCAUGAUGUAUUUCCAAAACCCAAUUCCUCUGGUAAUUUCCAAACUUCAACUUCUGUAGAUACAUUUCGGACAUGCCUUCACACUCACACAUGCAACCAACCUGGCCCUGAUGCUGCACAUACACACACUUGCUAUCACACACACACCCAAGUUCUUCCGUCGGAGGAAAAUGAUGGUGCUAAGAGUAAAGAGCAUUCAGUAUUGAAACCAAGAAGAAGGAGGCCUUCAGGAAAUAGAGAAGCAGUUAGGAAGUACAGAGAAAAAAAGAAGGCACACACAGCUUAUUUAGAAGAGGAAGUCAAGAAAUUGCAAGUGUUGAACCAGCAACUUGUUAGGAAACUACAGGGGAAGGCAAGUCUUGAAGCAGAGUUUUUAAGGCUUAGAAACCUUUUGCUGGACUUUAGAGGAAAAGUUGAUAGUGAGUUGGGUGCUUUUCCAUUCCAAAAACAGAGUUAUAAAACUGGUGCUAUUUUCAAGGAAGGAGAUUGUGAACUGCAAUCUACUGUUGGGGAAACAGGCCUUCGUUGUCAAACUGAUUUACCAUGCCUCUGUCUACCUGCUGUUGGGUUAUCAUUGCAGGGCAGAACUGAUGCGAGUGGGAAAACAAUGGUGUCAUUUGGAGGAAAUUGCCAGCCCCCAGUAAUUGAUUGCCCAGAAAAUCCAAAUGGGAUGGCAAGUGCUGAAGUAGAAAAUCUGCACAUAGCAGAAACCUUGGCAUCAUCAGCAACCCAAGAUAAGUAGCUUACUGUGGCAAUUAUUGUAAGUUUCUUGUAUACACCAGCACAUAUUUUUAUACUAGCUUUUAGUCUGCAUAGAUUGUAGCAGAGGGGGGUUAAAAGGUGUUUAAAAGGUGUGAUUACAACUGUGAUGCAUCCUAACUUAUUUCUGUUUGUAAUUUUGGCAUCUUUCAAUAACUUGAGUCACUCUGUCAUGCAUAUAAGAGUUUCUCUCUUAGUUUCCUUGUAAAUUCUUGUAUAGUUUUGUUUUUA